AUGGCCAUGGGAUGUGGUGCAUCGGAAGUCAGCACUGAAAGUGACCGCAACGCAGCUCCUUCGAAUGUGGAUGUGACGACUGCCUCUACGGGGCCGCAGCGGAGGUGGGUGCAGAUUCCCGGUGACAGGGCGGAAAGUGGCUAUGUUCGCUUGUCGCCCUUUGACUAUGCCUCUGCGGGCCGGCCGGUGCCGAUGGUUUGGUUCUAUCCCGAGAGGUUGGACCUUGAUGCCAUGGUGGCGACGUUGGAAAAGACGCUGGAAAAGUACCAGCUCUUCACGGGAAGGUACGCGGCACCUCCCGAGGCUGUCCAGCUGAACAACCAGGGCAUUCCCGUGGAAGUUGUGGAAACGUCGGGUUCUGCACGAGAAGCCGCGGAGACGUAUCUGCCACUGCAAGAGGAGUACAAGGUCUAUCCAAGACAUAGCAAUGCGGCAUUCCUGCCUUCUGCAGAGAUUCAUGCCAAGAUGGACCCUGACAAGUUUGACCCAGAAGUGCCGCUGCUGGCUGUGAAGCUGACGCGCUUUGCAGAGGGAGGGACUGCACUGGGUUUGUUGCUGAUGCACGCAGUGGCUGAUGCUCAAACAGAGAUCCUUUUCCUCACGAACUGGAGUCAGACCUUUCGACAUCUGCCGAUGGAUCCCCUUCCCGUGCAUCAGCGCUGCCCUCCCCAGGUCUGUGGCGAUGAAAUAUCCGAUAGUGACCUGACAGCGCCAAGCACGAUGAAGAUGCGAUGUGUACCUCAAGAUGAACCUGUGAUUCCUGAAUUUGCUCCAGCGAUGCCAAAGAUUAUGGGCCAGAGUAUUUGUGCCUUCAACUUCCCCAAAACCACAGUCGACCGCAUGGUGGCCGCUGCCAAAGUGAGCGCUGCUGAAGCUCUCGACGAGGGCCGCUACUUUUCCACCGAUGACGUGUUGUCUGCACAGCUCUGGAAAGCGAUGGUGAAGCUACGAUGCCGUCAACUGGAGAUUCCGGAAGACAGCGAAGACAUCACCACAUCACAGCGCGCCUGCAACUUUCGUGGCCGCUGCGAGCCAAAGUUGGGUCAUGGAUACUGCGGCAACGGUGUCACGCAAGUGUGGACAGAGAUGAGGGUGAAAGAUAUCCUAGCAGCAGACAUUUCAACCAUUGCCUUACAGUUGAGGGCUGAUUUACAGAAAUUUACCCCUGCUACCGUACCGCUUUAUGGCCGAUGGCUCUAG